ACAUCUGCAGAGCAAUUGAGUUGCUGGAAAAAUUACAGAGAAGUGGAGAAGUGCCACCACAAAAGCUACAGGCUUUGCAAAGGGUCCUUCAAAGUGAAUUCUGUAAUGCUGUAAGGGAGGUGUAUGAACAUGUAUAUGAAACUGUGGAUAUCAGCAGUAGCCCAGAAGUUAGAGCUAAUGCAACAGCAAAGGCCACUGUAGCUGCGUUUGCUGCUAGCGAAGGUCAUUCCCAUCCCAGAGUGGUUGAAUUACCCAAAACCGAAGAAGGUCUUGGAUUCAACAUUAUGGGAGGCAAAGAACAAAAUUCUCCAAUCUAUAUCUCUCGAAUUAUCCCUGGCGGUAUAGCUGAUAGACAUGGAGGCCUGAAACGUGGAGACCAGCUGCUUUCUGUAAACGGAGUGAGCGUCGAAGGCGAACACCAUGAAAAAGCAGUAGAAUUGCUGAAGGCAGCUCAAGGAAAGGUUAAAUUAGUUGUGCGAUACACACCAAAGGUCCUGGAAGAAAUGGAGUCGAGAUUUGAAAAAAUGAGAUCGGCAAAACGCAGGCAGCAAAAUUAACACUGUAUGCAAUAACUUAAAGAGAAAAUAUAUUCCAUUUACAUUUUAUA